AUAGAGAUGUGUUCGAAGCAUACCGCCUAUCUAUGGUGUGACGUCUCAGGACAUUAACUGAACACAUUGCAAAUGAGCUAGUAGGACUAUAAUACAAGUGUUUUACGUAUAAAUAGUACCAAUCCAAGGAAGGGUAUGUCCAAUACCGUUGUCUUUCAUGCUCAGCUAGCCUCCAUCAUUGAGGUUUUGGCGAAUGCAGCCGUUGCCGAAAUCUGCAAACUUGUAGAUGACGGCCAUGCCUCCUUACGGUUGGAAAUUUCCCAUAGUCAGAAAGAAAUCGAUAACCUGCGGAGGAAGCUGCUUUUGACAAAAUUCCAUAAUUCUCGACGGAGCGCAGAGAGAUUUGGAGCCCUGCGACGGACAGUUCACAGGCGAGUGGACACCGAUCAUGUUGCCCGGGAGAGAGAGAGCUUCGUAGAAAAGGCAAAAAGCGGACUUGGAUAUUUGGAAAAUCGUUUUGCCUAUAGUGAAGGGGGCAAAUGUAUGCAGGAUGUCACCAACCGGAGGGACGCAGGACGCACAGCGACAGACCAGGAUGGGGCCAUGCAGAUGGCAGAUAUGCAAGAGGCACCUCUUAUCAAAAUGGAAAAUCCUGACACCAGCAUAAUGGAAGAGAUUGUCCAACCGGUCAGUGAGAGCAGUGAGAAGAUCAUUGUGGCAGAACCAGGUUCUUCAUCAUCUACUGAAACCACAGACCUUCUGGACCAGCAGGGCAACAGACACAGAGCUCCAGACACCUCACUCAAUAUAGAACCUGAAAACCAGACCUUCCAGCAUCCAGCGUCACAAUACAACAGAGCAAGACAGGACCAUCAGGUUGCUGAGGGUGUGACCUGGGAAACUGACCAUCAACCCAUAGAAUACAGCCUGUCCCAAUGGACAGAGAACCAAGAGACUGACAACCCAACUGUGAAUGCUCCUCACAAUGCCUGGCCAGACUUCAAGAGGCUGUCUGGACAUCCAGAGAGGAGAGGGGUGUCUGGUAACUCUGGGGUCUGCAUGUCUGCUUCACGCUCUCUGGACUGGGUGCCUGAUGUGGUGAUGGUGGACUCAGUUCCCAUUAAAGUGGAGGCAGAUAUGAGUUCAGAAUGGAGCAUAACUGGCCAAGAGGCGACAUCUGGAGAGGUCUGUUCAGACGGCAGGCAGCUUGUGGACAGCAGAGGAAGAGGGGGAAUGGAGUCUGGACAGACAAAGUGUCCCCCUGACACGCAACAUGCAGAGCAAGGGACAACUGUAGGACCAAGGUCCAAGUUUCCAGAUUUCAGUGGACUGUCCAACCGAAACAGAUUUUCAUCAUCAAGGGUUACCCUCCACCAGGUUCCCCAAAGAGGGAAGCAAGCCCCCUUCCUGAAUUUCAACAGAGGCUCCACUUCUUCAUCAAAAGGCACAGAAAAGCAGCCGCAACAGCUAACGUCUUGCUCCACCAAGAGGCAGCUCCGCUGCAGCCUCUGUGGAAAACCCUUCCCUCAGCCGGCAUACCUAAGGAGGCACAUGCGGGUCCAUACGGGGGAGAAACCGUACGGCUGCAGCCACUGCACCAAGCGCUUCUCCCACAGCCACCAGCUGAAGAUGCAUGAGAGGGUGCACACCGGAGAGAAACCAUUUCACUGUGUCUACUGCGGGAAGUCCUUCACCCAGUCCGGCCACAUGAAGAGGCAUCUCCUUGUCCACACUGGCGGCAGGCCACAGGACAUUGUGCUGCCCUGAGUGUUCCAAGGUGAAGUUUCCCUUAGGUACAGAUCUAGAAUCAGCUUCCUCUUCCUUAAUCCUAACCUUAACCAUUAGUGAAAAAAAUAUACUAAACUGACCGAAGAUCAGCUUCUAGGGGCAACUUCACACUACUCCAAAUGGCAUAAUGAUAAGUAGGGCCAGGAGUUUUCCUCACCAUGUGAUCAGACCAGGAAAAACUCAUCUCUAGUUGUAAGGGGAAUGGCUCCACACUACUGGGGAUUUCAUAUGAACACUGGGUCCAUGCGUUUUUAACAGUCUGGAUGUUUUCCACAUUGAACACUACUCUCUGUGUGUAGUGGUCGUGUUUUCAGUUCAGCUGGCUUGAUGCUUGGUCCAGAGUGUACUGAUAAUCUUCACCUGUCAUAAGUUAUAUAUUUAAAAAUCAAUGGUGCAGUACUGUAAUUUAUUUGAAUUGUAUUUAUUAUUUAUUUGACCAGGUGAGUUGACUGAGAAUACAUUGUGAUUUACAGCAACGUCCUGGGGUAAACUACUAUACAUAGGCAUAGUUAACACACAGAAAUACAAGCCAGCAAAGAAAGAAAUACAAUAAAGAUCGAUCUCAUAAGAAUUCCAAUUUCCUUUUGCCUCAUCAAGAUAGAUGUACUAUUAGACUGAUAGGCUACAAGCAAAUUAUAGAGGUGUGAUGGAAUUAAUAUAUAUUUAGUGUCUGUCCUAAUGCAAUAAAGUAGGCUAAUGUAAUUGAAUAAUAAUAAUUGAUUGGAUUUAUAUAGUGCUUUUCUACCAACUGAGGUACUCAAAGUGCUUUAAGGGAGAAACUCCCCUGAUCCACCACCAAGGUGAUGCACAGCGACCAUGUUUGUGCCAGAACGCUUACCAAACAGCAGCUAGAGAGGUGAGGAGUGAUAUAUGCCAAUUGAGGAGAUGAUUAGGUGGCCAUGAUGGUAUGAGGGCCAGAUUAGGAAUUUAGCCAGGACACCGGGGUGAACACGCCUACUCUUACGAUAAGUGCCAUGGGAUUUUUAAUGACCACAGAGAGUCAGAACACCCGUUUAACAUCCCAUCCAAAAGAGAGCACCCUUUGUAGGGCAAUGUCCCCUCUACUGCCCCGGGGAUCUCCUUAGACCAAAGGGGAGUGCUCUCUACUGGCUUUACAAUACCACUUCCAGCAGCAACUGAUCUCCCAUCCAGGGACCAUCCCUGCUUAGCUUCAGAGGCAAACCUGCAAUGGGAUGCUGCUGGUAUCAAGCUGAAGGCUUGUAUCAAAUUGUUGUUUACUGAAACUCCCAAAGUCUUUCCAAUCAAUGUAAUAAAUGUUAAACAAUA